GUACGGUGCGUCCGGCGAAGCGGAUAGACCGAACUUUGUCGCAGUUUGUAGGCGGAAUUCUGCAGCCAAGUUCUCUUGCCUACCCGGGGAUCAGCGAUGGGCAUCGAAAGCUAUCUGCCCUGUCUGCUGCAGCCGGUGACUUCGCUGGAGCGAGCGGCGUUGGAACGGGACCAGUACGACACGAUCUGUGUGAUCGAUGGCGGUGCGGCCGAGUUGGCCGCGUCGCCCCCGCUGGCCGGCCUGUUCGCUCGCCAACGGUCCUUCGACGCCGCGUUCGAGUCGGAACUGAGCUGCUUCCGGUGCGAGGAGCUUGGCUGCCGUGUCGUCUUCAGUCCGGUCGGCGAGCUGGGCGAUUUCGACGAUGUACGGCGCUUCGCGGAAGCCGCCCAAGCCGCGGUGGGGCGGGCGAUUAAGGCGGGUGCCAUGAAGCCGGUUCUGCUGCUGCCGAACGCGGUCGAGCGGUUCGGCGAUGCGGCCCUGGUCGCGCUGCUAGGAGCGCUCCACCAGCUGUACGUGCCGCUGCAGCUCCGGGAGGACGUGCCGGAGAAGAGCCACCGGUUCCGCAGCGUCGGCGUGUACCAUCCGGAUGCGGGCCAGGUGAAGGGGUUGCUGCGCACCGUGCAGACGCUAGAGGUGGGUCGGUUCGUGGCCCGGGACAUCGGUGGUGGCGAUCCGGAGCGUAUGGCACCGCCGCGGGUGGUCGAGUACGUGCUGGGUGCGUUUGGUUCCGGCGGUCCGGUACGGGUCAGCGUCAUCGAGGAUCCGGCCGUGUUCGAGCGGGAUUAUCCACUCUUCCAGGCGGUCAACCGUGCGGCCGGCACCGUUAAGCGCCACUCGGGGCGCAUCAUCUUCCUGGAGUACAAACCACCGAAUGCAGCCCGCAAAACGGUCGGGUUGAUCGGCAAGGGCGUCACGUACGAUACCGGCGGUGCCGACAUCAAGGCGGGCGGUAUAAUGGCCGGCAUGAGCCGCGACAAGUGCGGGGCGGCUGCCGUGGCCGGGUUCAUGAAGGUGGUCGAACAGCUGCAACCGAAGGACAUCCACGUGGUCGGCGUGAUGUGCAUGGUGCGCAACUCGGUCGGCGAAGAAUGCUACGUUUCGGACGAGAUUAUCACGUCACGGGCCGGGCUGCGCAUCCGGGUCGGGAACACGGACGCCGAGGGCCGCAUGGCCAUGGCGGACGCACUCUGCCAGAUGAAGGAACGGUUCGUGAGUGAGCGGGCUGCCGAUCCGCACCUAUUCACGAUCGCCACACUCACCGGGCACGCCGUGCUCGCCGUUGGCAACAGUGCCAUCGUCAUGGAUAAUGGGCCGGCCCGGGCCGCGGACCAUGGGCUGCGGCUGCAACGGGAGGGAGAAAAGGUCGGCGACCCGUUCGAGGUGUCGGUCCUGCGCAAGGAGGACUUCGAUUUCCACAAGGGCAAAGCCUACGGCGAAGACGUUCUGCAGGCCAACAAUCUCCCGUCCAGCCGUACUCCGCGUGGACAUCAGGGACCGGCCGCUUUUCUCAUGAUGGCGACCGGGCUGGACAAGUGCGGUCUGAAGUCUUCCUAUCCGAUCAAGUAUUCGCAUCUGGAUAUUGCUGGCAGUGCCGGCGACGUGCCCGACACUCCGACGGGCUCUCCGGUGCUGGCACUGGCUCGCACCCAUCUGCUGUGAGCUUGAGACAUGGUCAAUCCACAAAAAACCUUCAACACCGACACAUCACGGUUUAAUAAAUCAAUAAAAUGCUUGCAUGCUACUACGCCCAUC